AUGCAAGAACUACUACUAUACGAUGCCACUAGGAAGUAUUUCUUGCUGCUCGGGGCUGUAGCUUUCUUCCUACUGUACUUCGUCAACGCCUGGUUCGGUCGAUUUGCCCCAGAAGACCCCAGUUCCAUUCUUUAUAUCAACGGGAUUCGGUCUUGGAUACUCAUGGAGCUGGUGUCACCGACUUGCUUCAUUGCUACCAUCCUCCGUGCUACCAAAUUUCCCUCGAACAACUCAACCGUCGCAGACUCCCUCAAUCCGCGCUCGAAGUUCAUGAUAGCUUUGUUCUUGGCCCACUAUCUCAAUCGUGCAAUAAUCUCACCGUUGCGUUCACCGUCUCGCUCCAAAUCUCACAUUUCCGUCCUCAUUUGUGGCAUGUUUUUCAACAUCAUGAACGGCUACCUCUUGGCAACGUAUCUCACGUCCGCUGAGGCUCAAUCCUACAUGGAUCGCCUCCCUUCUAGCCUUUGGUACUGUGGGGUGGUUACGUGGGCCGUGGGAUUUGCUGGGAACGUCAUCCACGACGAAAUUCUCAUGAAUAUUCGUCGUAAAGCGAAAUCAAAAGCCAAAGCCAAAGAGACCGCCAACAAGCCCAAAGGAGAGCACUACGCUAUUCCAUACGGCCUGUUAUUCGAAUACGUCACUUUCCCCAACUACUUCUGCGAAUGGAUUGAAUGGCUCGGGUUCGCCAUGGCCACGUCCCCGUUUCCUACACUUCCUGAUGUGUCGGGCUUGUCUGCGUCCUCGUUAUUGACUCUACCGUCUCUCGACAAUACCUUCUGGCCGACGUUGACACCGCCAUAUCUAUUCGUCGCCUUGGAACUUCUCACUAUGUUUCCUCGGGCUUACAAGGGCCACCUUUGGUACCAUAACAAGUUCAGCGACAGCUAUCCCAAGCAAAGGAAGAUCGUGAUACCAUUCAUACUUUAG